ACCCUUGUACGCAUGCUCCGGGGCUGAACUUGAGGAGCCAGUCUGGGGCCUAGGCGCAGACGCAUUGAGCUUAAGCAGCUGGUGAUGGCGGCAGCGGCAGUGAAGUCUGCGGCGGGUCCGGGCCCAUGAGGCGACGACGGAGGCGGGACGGCUUUUACCCAGCGCCUGACUUCCGAGACAGGGAAGCUGAGGACAUGGCAGGAGUGUUUGACAUAGACCUGGACCAGCCAGAGGACGCAGGCUCUGAGGAUGAGCUGGAGGAGGGGGGUCAGUUAAAUGAAAGCAUGGACCAUGGGGGAGUUGGACCAUAUGAACUUGGCAUGGAACAUUGUGAGAAAUUUGAAAUCUCAGAAACUAGUGUGAACAGAGGGCCAGAAAAAAUCAGACCAGAAUGUUUUGAGCUACUUCGGGUACUUGGUAAAGGGGGCUAUGGAAAGGUUUUUCAAGUACGAAAAGUAACAGGAGCAAAUACUGGGAAGAUAUUUGCCAUGAAGGUGCUUAAAAAGGCAAUGAUAGUAAGAAAUGCUAAAGAUACAGCUCAUACAAAAGCAGAGCGGAAUAUUCUGGAGGAAGUAAAGCAUCCCUUCAUUGUGGAUUUAAUUUAUGCCUUUCAGACCGGUGGAAAACUCUACCUCAUCCUUGAGUAUCUCAGUGGAGGAGAACUAUUUAUGCAGUUAGAAAGAGAGGGAAUAUUCAUGGAAGACACAGCUUGCUUUUACUUGGCUGAAAUCUCCAUGGCUUUGGGGCAUUUACAUCAAAAGGGGAUCAUCUACAGAGACCUGAAGCCGGAGAACAUCAUGCUUAAUCACCAAGGUCAUGUGAAACUAACAGACUUUGGACUAUGCAAAGAAUCUAUUCAUGAUGGAACAGUCACACACACAUUUUGUGGAACAAUAGAAUACAUGGCCCCUGAAAUCUUGAUGAGAAGUGGCCACAAUCGUGCUGUAGAUUGGUGGAGUUUGGGAGCAUUAAUGUAUGACAUGCUGACUGGAGCACCUCCUUUCACUGGAGAGAACAGAAAGAAAACAAUUGACAAAAUCCUCAAAUGUAAACUUAAUUUGCCUCCCUACCUCACACAAGAAGCUCGAGAUCUGCUUAAAAAGCUGCUGAAAAGAAACGCUGCUUCUCGUCUUGGAGCUGGUCCUGGGGAUGCUGGAGAAGUCCAAGCUCAUCCAUUCUUCAGACACAUUAACUGGGAAGAACUUCUAGCUCGGAAGGUGGAACCUCCUUUUAAGCCUCUGUUGCAAUCUGAAGAGGAUGUGAGUCAAUUUGAUUCAAAGUUUACACGUCAGACACCUGUUGACAGCCCCGAUGACUCAACUCUCAGUGAAAGUGCCAACCAGGUUUUUCUGGGUUUUACAUAUGUGGCUCCAUCUGUACUUGAAAGUGUGAAAGAAAAGUUUUCUUUUGAACCAAAAAUCCGAUCACCUCGAAGAUUUAUUGGUAGCCCACGAACGCCUGUCAGCCCGGUCAAAUUCUCUCCUGGGGAUUUCUGGGGACGAGGUGCUUCAGCCAGCACGGCAAACCCUCAGACACCUGUGGAGUACCCAAUGGAGACAAGUGGAACAGAGCAGAUGGAUGUGACGGUGAGCGGGGAAGCAUCAGCACCACUUCCAAUCCGACAGCCGAACUCUGGGCCAUACAAAAAACAAGCUUUUCCUAUGAUCUCAAAACGGCCAGAGCACCUGCGUAUGAAUCUAUGACAAAACAAUGCUCUUUUGAUGCAAAAAGAAAACAAAAUUCGGGGAAGGAUGUGUGAACAUCCUACAAGAUAAAAUGAGAAUCAAAAUGGCAGUCAACGCUAUUACCUAGAAUGCUUUGGAGAGAGGAAAAAAUAUACAUGGAUUUAAAAAAAAAAAAAUCAAUCAAUGGUGCAAAAAAUAAACCCACAAAAAAACUCAAGCAAAAUAGUAUUGUGGAACCCACAGACACAUCGAUUGACUGGUUCCUAUCUAGCGACAUCUCAGCAUUAGCAAGGGUUUUCACGUUGAUGGCUCCAAACCGACAGUAUUAAGGGUAGGAUGUUGCUUCUGAAUCACCGUUGAAGCCUGAAGAUGUCAAAGAAGGGUCAUCCUUUCAUAGGCAAAGUAUGAGAUUGCCUGUAAUACUUGCAACUAAGGACAAAUUAGCAUGCAAGCUUUGUCAAACUCUUUCCAGCAACACGAAUCAAAGACAAAAGAAACUUAUCGAUUGAUGUUUUACGUGCAAACAACCUGAAUCUUUUUUUUAUAUAAAUAUAUAUUUUUCAAAUAGAUUUUUGAUUCAGCUCAUUAUGGAAAACAUCCCAAACUUUAAAAUGCAAAAUUAUUGGUUGGUAUAAAGAAAGCCAGCUUCUGUUUCUUCUCUUGAUGAAAUAAAAUACAAAUGAAUCAUUGUUAA